CCUUCACUCCAGCAUCUCUAAUACAUCCCUCCAUCUUCUCUAGCCGCCAACAAACACAGUUAGACCCCACGAUGGCAGCUCAAGAGUACUUCGGUGGCAGCAGUGCCACCCCCGCCAACCCUGAUCGCCGUCAGCAGAACCCCUCUCCCUGGUCAUCCCCAGCCGUCGACACUCCCAGUUCCACCGGAUACGGCUCGUAUCCCCCCUCCGUCGAGAACGGCCAUGACCGAUACGGCGCCUCUUCUCCUUAUCCCCCUCAGGGCGCUGGAGGCUACAACAGACCUUACAGCCCAUACCAGCAGCCGUCCCCUCAGCCCGGCUACCAGAACCCUGAAUACUCAUCUUACGGUGGACGCCCACCUUACCCACAGUACGAACAGCCUUCACAAUACGGCCAGCCUCCCUCCGAGUCGAGGCCCUACCCGCCUUACCCUCAGCACGAAGGCUACGCCUCCCACCAGCAACCUCCUCCAUACUCUCCUGAGUCGUCCACCGACCCCGCCGCCGCCGGCGAAGGCGAGAAGGGUAUCAUGGGCGCCCUGGCAGGCGGUGCAGCUGGUGGUUUCGCAGGACAUAAGGUCAACCACGGUUUUCUCGGCACCAUCGGUGGAGCUAUGAUGGGCUCCGUGGCCGAAGACGCAGUGAAGAAGCACAAGGAGAAGAAAGAGCACGAGGAAGAAGAGCGCCGUCGCGAGGAAGAACGUCGCAGAAUGGAAGAACAGCGUCGUAGGGAAGAACAAUACAGGAUGUCUCACCAGCAGCACCAGUACCACCACAGACCUCCUCCUCAUCACGGCGCGCCUCUGCGCGGAAACUUCUCCGCUUCGGCUCGGGAUAUCCGCCUCGAAAGUCACCACGAUCUGGUGGCUGCUUGUGGACGGGUGUCCGGAGAGCUGCAGCUUUCGGUACUCCCAUUGAACAGCGUGUUGGCUAAUCACUGGGGAAAGUUUGCGUGGGAGCGGAAUGGAAACUUUGCGGCGUCUGCUAGAAAUGUUCGCUUGGUUGAUGGGGGCCGUGUGCUGGAGGCGGAGUUGGCGGAUGGUAAUGACGGAUGGAAUCGGACCUGGAUUCGUCUGGAUGAGAGGAUUACGAACCAGAAUGGUCAGCUGAUGUUCCUGGAUUAGAUGGUGAUUCGUGACUUUUUGUGAGCGUUGUCUUACGUUGAAUGAAGAGUUCUUAAUACCCACGCUUUGACUGACGUGGUGAUCUGCACUGGCUGGACUGGUAUCCUUUUUUCAGAUGUCUGCUCGAUUGCUUUUAGCGCAGUUGUAAUUGCGUCGUUAUUCACAAUGGAAUAGUAUUUUGCUCCAUUGAUCUUCUCACUCUAUCGAUUCGUUGUCCCAACAACAUCGUCCUAGACCAUAUUACUCUUUCCAAAAACGUC